CCGUGAUGCAACCGUGAUGUGUUGCUUGUGAAAAACAUUGAGGUCAUCGACAGGAAGUGCGUGCGGGAUUGUUGUGUUGAGGGUUGAGCGAAAAAACACAAACAAAAUAACUCUUUGUUUCUGUUUAUUACCAUUCCGAAUAUUGGUAGAGCAACUGUUUCUGCGUGGAAUAAAGAAACAUUAAAAAGCAAAGGUCAAAAUAUACAGGCAAAUACUCUAAUUUGCCUUCAACAGAGAAGUAAGAACGAAGGAAAACUGCUGUCACGGAAAGAAGGUUAUGUUUCCAAGAUGCAACAACUGAAGUGGUUAAGUUGUGUCGCCCUUACCUGCAUACUUCUGCCCUUGUUCGUCCAUGGAAAUGCAGAUGCUGAUAACUGCAGUAUCCGUCAAGCUCUACGCAACAGCGUCAGAAAUAAGCUGAGAGUUAGCUGUGAUGUCAAUGACAUUUGUACAGCUGUACAUUGUCAUGGAAUCUUUCUAGAAAAUAUAUUCUCCCCUGGAAUCAUUACCAAACAGAAUGAUACCAUAUGCUUUGGCACGAUAAUCAAUCACUGUGAUACACCUCUCUCCAUGGAUGUCUACUUACAGUACAAUGCCAAGAGUUACUCUCUCAAGAAGAGACUCUACAACAAAUUAAAUGUGUCAAUAUAUCAGAAUACGUAUCUCUUUAUAGAAUUGUCACAUGAUAAAGAUGUUGUACCCCAUGUGGUCACAAUUAAGGUGUCGCUUAAAAUCAACAUGGCAGGGCAUACCCUUUCAUACCCUGUGGUUCCAGAGCAUACAUACACAUUACCAUCAUGUCCUGCUGGUGCCAUGACAACACCGCCCCUUACACUUCGGCCAUGCCUUGCACCAGUGUUCGAUUCUCAUACAAGCCGACCUGAACUACCUCACCCUCAGCAGCAGCACCACCACCAUAGUGAAGAGACUCAUUCCCAAAAAAUACAAUACAUAAAAUCAGCCACCUAUGGUAAACCAUGCAAUCCUAAAUCGGCAUAUUCUUGUCACCCGAAAGAAACCUGUACUUUUAGCAAUAUAUGUGAGUGUCAGUCAGAGCUGGUGAUGAACCAAUUUUCAGGAUUCUGUGAUGUAUCUGAUGCCAAAUAUGAAAAGCCUAUACAGCCUGCAAAGCCUAGAGAGUCUAUUUCUUCUCCAGCAUCUUCCAGAUCAAUGCAUCAUCCUGACUAUUUGAUACAGAAUACUGGUGCUCCUCUCUUGACAGAAAACGUUGCGAGUUCAACAGUGAAAAAUAGUGCCCUUAUCACAGGAUUAUCUGUUGGAGCUGCUGUUCUGCUUGCUACCAUCAUCUUGGUGGCCUUCAUCAUUUGGAAACGCCAGAAGAAUCAGACCAGUCAUGUUCCAUUAAUUGACAAUGAGGAAGUUGUUAUUUAAGAGAAUAUUUGGUUGCUUUUCUUUUGUCAAAGAAUUAUUUUUGCCUUAUAAUUUUCUUCCUGCAAUUCUUUUUAAUAGCAUAUAAUUUCUAGUUAAUUGAAUGUUUUGAUUUAUAAAACUAGUAUAUGAGUGUGUGUGUGUGUGUGUAAUAUAGAUAUAUUCUUGAGUUACAAGUGAUUUGAUUUGAUAUCUUCUGUUACGAUUAAAAGAAUUUUAUUGAACUAAGCCAUUAAAGACACACACCAUUACACUUUACCCAAUAUCAGGUACCAAUAUAUAUAGUGUCAUCAUAAUGCAACACAAUAAAAUAAAAGUGUAACUCAUGCCAUCAUGGAAACUGGAUCUGAAAUGGUGAUAAUGUGUUUUUAAUGGUUAGAAUAACUACCACAGAGCUAUUGUUUUGAAUAUUAAUUCUUCACUAAUUCUUCUGUAUAUAUGUAUAUUUUUCUUACUGUGAGGUUUAUUGAUAUUAAAAUUAAUAAUUAAAAAAUUUAACUUCGUUUGUAUUGUUCUACCAUCAUUUUGUGUCUUAAAGAAAGACACCCACUGAUAUUGAGUGGAGAAAGAUAUUUCAAUAAAUUUGCAUCAGGUUUUUAGGAGGUCUCACAUUUGGUAAAGAAAUGAAAAUUCUUUCUUUUUCACAGAUUCAGAAUUUAAAUUAUUCAACCUGAGACAAUAUAGUUUUGAGAUCUUGUGCAAUUUAUAGUUUUCCGAAGUCUUUCUUAGAUUGGGCAUCGUCUCCAGAAAUUGUUUCAUCUUUGUCAUCAUCACUGCAAGUUAAUAUUCAGACUUGUUUGAAAUUUGAAAUCUCAGAUAUUUUAUGACAAUUUUCCCCCAUUUACUGUUUAAAAUCUUUUCUAUUUUCUCCAUAAACACUUUACUAUUUAUUCCUUUGCUCUUUUUAAAAUACACACCCCAUGUAUUCUUACUUUUAAUUAUUCAGAAUUUAAUAUUUCUUUAUUAAUUUGAAUAUUUGAAUUAUGAUUCAAAUAUUUUUCUUUUAAAUGUCUUGAAACCGUUGGCAUUAAAUCGAACUAUUUUAGGUGGUGGGCAUCUCUUUUAGGAGAUGUCUUAUUGCAAAUAAUCGGAGAAUUUACAGGAAAGUCUUUCUUUUUGAUUUUUGGCUUCUUAAAGUGUAUUUUUCUAUUUAAGUGUAUAUUUCGUCCAAAUUUUCAGAAGUAGUCUGAUUAGCAAAAAUAUGAUUUAACAAACAGAAGUGUUUUAUAUAUAUAUAUAUUAUUUGGUUAGGUAUAUAGUAGGAUCUGAUGAAGUUCAUUAGGGUCUGUCAGCAUUUAAUGAAUAUAAACAGAUUAAAAAGGAAAUAAUUGGUUUGCUGGGAGGAAAGGAAAAGUUUAGGGUGUCAGGCAUUAUUUUAUAAGACCAAAACUUAUAUGCAGAUGUAAGCAUUGCUGUGUGGUUAAGAAGUUUGGCUUGCAACUCAGUGGUUUUGGGUUCAGUCACACUGCCUGGUACCUGGGGCAAUGGCUUUUGCUAUAGCAUGGUGCUGAACAAAGGCUUGUGAGUAAAUUUAGUUGUGUGUGUUUUUGUACCCUUGUCUUGACAUUGUGCUAAUUGUAAACAACUGUGGCUGUCAUACCAGCAGUGCUGUUUAUUUGCAAUCUGCCAUGAAAACCUGUCCAGACGAAUGGAUAAUAUCACUUUGCUUGGAAACCGGUAUGGGUUGACAACAGGAAGGGCAUCCCGCUGCAGAAAUCUGCCUCAACGAAUUCCAUCUGACCCAUGCAAGCAUGG